AUGCUCAACACCUCAUUAACUUUAACUCAUGUCACCCCGGUUCCUUCGGGCAUGUCUAAAGAGGACGUCAUUGCCCUCCUCCACGAUGCGGAGCAUCACAUCAAGUGCGACCCCAACAUGAAGGAUUACACCGCUCGAUCUCCAGAGAUACCGCCUACUGUACCCAAGGAUAUCGAGCCAAUCUCCGCGACUCAAUGCUACACCGUCACUGAUAGUGUGCCAACACUUCUGCCCAAGGGAAUCUGGGACAAGGACGCCGUCAGCGACUAUGACUUCACCUUCACCAAAGACGGCAGCUUCGUCCGUACUCAGUGCCCACUCAGUGUUCUGCUUGAAACACGCUGGAGUGUUCGGGAAUCCAGUAAUGGGGGUUACGAGCUGGUCGAGGUUGUUGAGAUUAAAUGCUCCAGGUUUUUGGCCAGUGUCGUCAAGGGCCAAUGCGAGGCGAACUGGACAGACUUUCAUAAGAAGAUUUUAGCUGGUAAGGCAUGA